GCCCUUUAAGUUGUGCUUCACGUCCCACAACGAGGAAGUGCAGUCGCACAACUGAAAGUUAUUUUCUCAGUUCCUGUCUUCUGUUAAACAAGAUCCUCGUAUCCAAUAGAGGUUCGCUCAGGGCCUCUGAAAAGAAAACGAAGCAGGAGAUGAUCGGAGUCCGCAAAGCUCCUGUAUAGCGCAGGUAGAGUGUAAGUGAGAUGGCUGUCCGAGAGAAAAUUUUGCUGAGUACAGCUAGUUACCUGUGGUCACUUGAUGAUGUUCUUGGUCAAGGAGCAACUGCAACUGUCUAUAAAGCCAGGAACAAGAAAUCAGGGGAGCUGGUAGCGGUAAAAGUGUUCAACCCAGUUAGUUACCUGCGGCCUUAUGAAGUCCAAAUGAGGGAGUUUGAAAUGCUUCGUAAGCUGAAUCACGUCAAUAUUGUGAAGCUUUUCACACUGGAGGAGGUGACACAUGUCAAUACAAAGCAGAAAGUUCUUGUAAUGGAGUUCUGUUCUGGAGGCAGUCUGCUUAAUCUUCUAGAGGACCCAGAGAAUAUGUAUGGCCUGUCAGAGUCAGAGUUCCUUAUUGUGCUGCAGUGUGUAGUGGCAGGCAUGAACCACCUGAGGCAUAAUGGAGUUGUUCACAGGGAUAUCAAGCCAGGCAACAUAAUGAGAGUGGUCGGGGAAGACAAGCAAUCCAUCUACAAGCUGACUGACUUUGGAGCAGCCCGAGAGCUGGAGGAUGGUGAGAAGUUCCUCUCCUUGUAUGGAACAGAGGAGUAUCUGCAUCCUGACAUGUAUGAGCGUGCAGUGCUUAGGAAACCCCAGCAUAAGGCUUAUGGAGCCACUGUGGAUCUUUGGAGUAUUGGCGUGACAUUCUACCAUGCAGCUACAGGAAGUCUUCCCUUUAUUCCUUUUGGUGGGCCACGCAAGAACAAGCAACUCAUGCAUAAGAUAACUACAGAGAAGCCACCUGGAUCAAUAUCUGGCAUACAGAGAUCAGAGGAUGGACCAAUUGAGUGGGGCUAUGAAAUUCCAGUCACCUGUCAGAUGUCCCAAGGUUUGAAGAGCCAGCUUGUGCCAGUCUUAGCCAAUGUCUUGGAAGUUAAUCAAGAGAAGUGCUGGGGUUUUGACCAGUUCUUUGCAGAGACAACUGACAUCAUUCACAGAGUAGUAGUCAAUGUAUUUUUUGUCUAUCAGGCUACCUCCCAUAGGAUAUACAUCCAAGCGUACAACACGGUUUCAAUCUUUAUGGAUGAGGUUUUUGCUCAGACAAAAGUGCGACCCCAGAGCCAGCAUUACCUGUUUGAAGGACACCCCCUUCUGCUAGAUUCAUCUAUGAAAGUGGACAGCUUACCACCAACAGCCUCUGACAAGCCACUGUUUUUGUAUAGCUGGGAAUACGAAAGGCCCACUGGAGUUCUUUAUCGUGAACCGGAGAUACCACUAUUCCCCCCCAAGUAUGAUGUGGUUGCAGAUUACAGUUUAUCCAAGACCAUUGUCGGAGCUGUGCAUCAGUACUUGAGGAUUGCCCACUCCUUACAGAGUUGCCAAGAACUGACACUACGUGGUUGCUAUUGGCUGGCAGAACAGCUUAAGGUGGACUACAACAUAAUUCUCCAGAAAACACACAUGUUCACUUUCCAGCUGUUACUCUGCAGAAACUCAGAAGAUCGUAUCUAUAAGCUGUUUGAAAAUGCUGAGGAUUUUAGUGCCCCAAAAUGUAAAGAUUUACCUGAACAAAAGAUGAAGUUGCAAGUGCUUCAAGAAACCCUCUGUGGAUUGACAGACUCAGUUCAUAAUUCCCAGAACAAGCUGGAACGUCUCAGAGUAGAGUGGUCCAAGCACUCCGCUUUCUUAGCAGAAGAUAAAACCUGCCAGAAAUUGGAGUAUUUACUUGAGAAGAUAUCUUCUAUCUACCAUCAGUACCGUAAGGACAGAAUGUUAGCUAAACUGGCUUACAAUGAUGAGCAAAUACAUAAAUUUGAAAAAAUCAAUUUAUCAGUAUACAGCAAGAAAGUGAAGCUUCUGUUUAGGGAAGAUUGUCUGCAGAAGUAUCAGUCCCUCCUGACGUCUGCUGCCUCCUGGACAAGUGUGCUGUUUGAGAUGAAGAAUCAAAUGAUUGAGUUCACCAAACAUUUCCAGGGGCUACUAGGAGACUUGGAAAAAUGGGAAGAAUACUUUCAAAAGGAAUUAGAAACAAAUCUCAGGAAUUUGCAAAAGAGUGCCAACCAGCCCAAGGAAUCUGCUUCAAGCCUGGAAGAUGCCAGCAUACAAAUGGCCCUCAGAAUCAAACAUCUGAAGGACGAUAUGGAAGUUAUUGCACGAGAGCUACAGCAAAAUAACAGAAUUAUCGAAACCUUUGGAGCUCUGACUAUCGGUUCAGGCAUUUGAAGACUGGAGAAAUUUACUGUAUGUGGAAUGCAUUUUUUUCCGUUAAUUCUUGAGUACUGUCUAGGAGACGCAUUGCACUUUGACUGUAGUUAAGUGAACUCAGAAAAAGUACAUUCGGCCUAAAAAACUGUUCUCUCUGAAAUGAUAAGUAACUGUAAAUAGGAAAAGUGUUUGUUUACAAGAUCCAUUUCAUGCUAUAAAUGCUUUUCCAAUCUGUGCUCGUGCCUCAGGUUCUUUUAAUUUGUAGUUGUGAGCACACGUCUACAGUAGCUCUGUGGAGCUCUAGUAAUUUAUUAGACAUUAAUACCUUGUAAUAAGGAUUGUUAUAAUUCCUUAAGAGAAUUUUACAGUUCUAAGUUGAUUCUGAAAGAAUUUGCACUUAUGUGAGAAUUUAAAAUACUGUAACUUGUACAGCUUUGGACUAUUAAUAUUUUAUAGACCUUACUGAACAGUUUAUGGUAAUUUUGUUAGACAUUUACAUACAUACAUUGUAAUAAGUCUUGAUAUAAAUGUCAAACUGGAUUUGGUUUUAAUACUUUAGGGCACAUUCAUAUUUGCACUGUGGUUCUUUAACCGAUGAAUCCAUGGAAGUAUUUUGAAAUAUUGUUUUAAAUUUUACUAGAAAACACAUGUUCAAAGGCAGCAGUCUUAUUGGAUAUUAUACUUUCUUAUUAUGGUUGUAAUUCUUACAAUGCCUUGAAUAUGAACCUUUUUAUUUAAUCAAGAAAUUAUAAUUGUAAAUGUUUUUCAGAAGCAUGUCUAGUCUUAUCAUAUUAAGAAUAUUUUUUUUUACUUUAUUUCUAAAACUUUUUAAAAAAAAUACUGUAAAGAAUAUAUUAUAAAUCUUCUAGUGGCCUUAGAGUAGACAUUUGAAGCCAUGCUUUGUUUGGUUACUAAAUUUAUGGAUGCUUGACUGCAUCAGUUAAAACCUUAUCAGAAGAGAAUAGUAAACAGACGUGCAUUAUGUUAAAAUGUUUCAUCGUAACAGAUUUCAUGUUUGAAAUUCUUCCCUGUAUAGUGUGUGUAUGUAAUUGUACUUCUGUGUGUCUGUCUGUGUCUAUAACACAACUGGAAACUAUGAGUCUGUGUGCUUUAAAUGAUUAACAAAAAUGUAGAAUUAUCCCCCCUCUGAAUGGAGGUUGACUGCAUGUUUGCAGAAGCCUUCUGCUUAUCUGGUGUUUGCUUAGUGUGUUGUGUUGUUCUGGAGUGGAAGGUCAGUGGCCAUGUUGGAUGCUGCUGAUAAAUAAAAGAAAACCUUCCUUGUUCAAGAGUGUAGUAGUGUAGUAGGCCCCUUCUUCAGGCAAGAGAGUUGCCUUGAAAGCUUGCAUAUUGUAAUCUUUUUAGUUAGCCAAUAAAAGGUGUCAUUUUGCUUGGCUUUUCUCUACAUUCAUAAUGGCUAACACAGUACAACACCCUAGUACUAUUAACCCAGUAACAAAUCCCAAUGUGUUUUAAGAGGACUAUUGCCACUAGAGGGCAGCCUUUGUCUACAAAUCCACAGUGACGCUGGUCUGCAAAAUGAAACUACGUACAAAUUGGUUUCAUUGUGAAUAGUUAUUUGCAUUCACGCACACAAUUUAAAAAAAAAUAAUUUGAAUACAGUAUUUACAUCAGGUCACAUUUAAACAUUAAAAUUAACAAAUUACACAAUUUAUUUAUGUAUAAAUGUAAUUCUAUUUACUGUGAAAAUAUUUGUUUAAACAUAUAUGUAAAGUAAACAGUAUUACAUUUUCAUUGACGUGCAUAUAACUCUUGUUUUUGUCACUUCUUGUUUGGUGGCCCACCGAUUAUAUACUUUAUCUGAUGUACCCCUAUGAGUCAUCCAGUAGUAGUCUACCAUCUUAAUGAUUUCUCCGCCUUACUCACCUUUCCAUGUCCUUGAUAUCCAGAUGAAAUCUUUCACUCUGCUCUUCACUCACCGCUCCAAGGUUUUCAGGGAAACAUUUCAAGUACAAAUCCAAAAUAGUGAACUUUUAGACUCAUGUUGCAACCCAAUUCCUUAAAAAUAACUGAUACGUUUUUCACAAUGUACAUAUAAUUUGCAUCUUUAUUCUUACUUAAAGACUUUCAGAUUACUUCUCUGAGUGAUACCCAAGCCUCUUGUUGCAGGUUGUUCAUUGCACCAUCAAAUUCUGCUUUAGAAAUUGUUUUUCUAAUAUCAGGCAAACACUGAAACUUUCAGUGUCAAACAGACACCAUCUUUUGAUGGGACUUUGACAAACUGCCUCAUUAAACCAAGCUUAAUAUGAGAUGCUGGUAGCAGCAGUUUAUCUGGAUGCACCAAGCUGUGUCUGGUGACAUUUUUGGCAACAAGGUGUAGUUUUUUGUUUUUUUCCUGGCCAUUCCUUCUGAACCCAAAUGUACAUUCUGGGUUUAACUGUUCCACUCACAGAGAAAACUGAGUCACACCAGGCCUAUUCAGAGUCGCCUGUUGGCCCAUAAAACUCUUAAUAUUGUGCUGUGUGUGACAGUGUCCAUUAUGAAAGGAGGGAUACAUCAGACGAAGGUGACAGGCACUAUAUAUUUGUUACGGAUGCUACUAGGCAUCCUGGAGCAGAUAAACACCAUUCAAAACAUUCAGACAUUGUGUUUGCCUUGACAGCUGACUCACUCACUAAGAUGCAUAGAAGUUUCAGGUCUCCGCUUAUAAACCAACAGUGCUCACUGUAGUUAAUAACUUUUGUUUGGAAAAAAAAAAUUCUGAACCAAAGAUUUUACUAUUAGAAUAUAUUAAAUUGUAACAAAUGUUCAUUAAAAUAAAAUAUAAUCGAUUAUAGUCCAAAAACAAUACAAAAAUCAUGUAGCUGACACCUCAGUUGUGUUUUGUGACAAAAUGUUACGUGAUGGAGAAAAUUUCUUUUCAUUUUUUAAUUCAGCAUCCAUAAAUAUUUAAAAAUCACCUGAAAUAAUCAAAACAAUUUUUUCAGUAUAUUCCUGUGUGACUUUAGGACAAAGGUAAAGGUAAUGGCAGUUAUCUUUCUAGAGUAACAAAACAUGUUUUACCCCAGUGGCUGCGAGCUGAUUACCUUUUCCUUUUCCCAUGCUCUGUAUUGGCAGAUACCAGUGGAUGGUGUUUGGUGUGUGCUUGCCUCAUUAGUGCCCAUCAUCAAUGGGGGUUUUCUUAGAAAAUAUAAACUCAUUUCUUAAGUUAAACAUAUAUUUUGUCAAAGUUUAAGCAGAUUUCUGAGGCCUUAGCAUAUAAAACACUCCAGCAAUAUAUUAAUAUUCAGUGUUAUCCAUCCAUCCAUUAUCCAACCCGUUAUAUCCUAACUACAGAGUCACGGGGGUCUGCUGGAGUCAAUCCCAGCCAACACAGGGCGCAAGGCAGAAAACAAACCCAGCCCACCGCAGGGCGCGCACACACACACACACACACACACACACCAAGCCCACAGUAGAGACAAUUUAGAAUCGCCAAUGCACCUAACCUGCAUGUCUUUGGACUGUGGGAGGAAACCGGAGCACCCGGAGGAAACCCACGCAGACACGGGGAGAACACGCAAACUCCACGCAAGGAGGACCCGGGUCUCCUAACUGCGAGGCAGCAGCGCUACCCACUGCGCCACCCUAUUCAGUGUUAUUUAUGUUUAAUUAUAAUUACAAUAUGUUUUUGUAAUCAUGUCCCUCAAUAUUUGAAUGUUUUCCCGUUGAAAAUAUGCACUGUUGGUCUUUCUAGCUGAAAUUUUAUUUAAUAUGAUUAAUCAUGCAGUUUACCACACAACUGUAUUUAGAAAUGGAGUGCAAAAAUGACACUCGACAGACUCUUAAGGGCAAUGUUGGUAUGUCCACAUGGUCACAUUUCAUGUUGGUUGGUGUUGAAAAUGCUGCUGAAAAUCAGAACUCAAAGAGUCUUUAAUAAUGAAAUAUGCAUUUAAUGUUGAUUUCAAUAAGUGAAGACAAGAUGGGCAUUGUGAUAUACAACUCUGUUUCCAAAAAAAAGUUGGGACGAAAACAACCCCGAACUAUUGAGCAGCUGACAUAUUAUAUCAAGCAAAAAUGGGACAACAUUUCACAUUCAAAAGUACAGCAACUGGUUUCCAAAAUCCACAAAUGUUGAUUGAGUUUUUUUAAAAGAAGCCGUGAUGCAAUUCAGUGGUAAACAGGCUUCUAUCCCAACUUUUUUAGAAUAUGUCACUAGCAUCAAAUUCAAAAUGAGCAUAUAUUAAAAAACAAAAAGUUAAAUUUAUCAGUUUCAACAUUUGACUUGUUGUCUUUGUACUAUUUUCAACUAAAUAUAGGGUUUACAUGAUUUGCAAGUCAUCACAUUCUGUUUUUAUUUGCAUUUUAAAAAGCCUCCCAAAUUCUAAUUUAAAAUAUAUAUAC